ACCCCAACAACCACAGAAUAAUAAAGGAAGCUGAAGGAAAGUGGCAGCAGUAGGUGGAUUGCAAGCCCCUUCCUUCCAAUCGCAGCCUCCUUCGCUUGUUCAUCUUGGAUCCUCCUCUUUCUCCUCUUCCCCCCACCCACCCUGGAGAUCCCCCUUCUCUCCAGACAAACCUCUCCGAAGUCCGCGCUGGGUGCAUCCGAGGGAGACCCUCCUGCCUCUUAUGGACAGCCUCCCCCCGGGCUCAAGCCGCGCGUCUGCCGAGGGAAAGCGGGGCUGGCUUUUCACCUGGCCGUGCAUUUGCUGCCAAGCUUGGGCCGUCGCAGAUCUACCCGGGACUCGGAGCGGGGAAUGCUGGACUGUCCGGAGAGUGGGGCCAAAGGAGCCCCCAUCCACACGAAGAUCUCCUUCUCCAUCCUGGACAUCCUGGAUCCUCAGAAAUUUACCAGGAAGAGCAACCCAGCAGCAGCAGGGAGAAGGGAGAGCAUCCCCCACGCGGGGCAGCGGGAGAAAAGUUUGGGAAGAGUUGACGUGGAAAGGCUCCCGAGCAGCAGGAGGAAUAAACUAGAGGCAUAUCAUGAUGGCAGCAGCAGCGGAGAGAGCGAAGCGGCCGCCCUGGAGGCAUCGGAGCACGAGGAGCCGGGCCCCGCGCCGCUCCCCUCGCCCGACUUCCCUCCCUCCUCGUCCUCGGACCUGGACGAUCCCGGCUCGCCUCCGCCGCCGCCGUCGUCCAAGAGGCGCCGAGCGGAGCCCAGCUGCGCCAAGCCUCGCCGGGCCCGGACGGCCUUCACUUACGAGCAGCUGGUGGCUCUGGAGAACAAGUUCCGAGCCACGCGGUACCUGUCGGUGUGCGAGCGCCUCAACCUGGCCCUGUCGCUCAGCCUGACCGAGACGCAGGUCAAAAUCUGGUUCCAGAACCGAAGGACCAAAUGGAAGAAACAGAACUCCGGAGGCGACGGCGCGGCGCAGCCGGGGAACAGCGCAUUGCCCCCCGGAGGAGAUGGCAGCCCCAGUCCGCCAGGCCCCAGCAGCCUGGCCUACCAGACUUUCCCCUCGUACGCCUCGGCCAACGUCCUCUUCCCCGGGGCAGCUCCCCUUCCCCUGGCUGCAGGAGGGGGACCCUUUCCCUCCUUUUUUAGCCCCACGUACCUGGCCCCCUUUUAUACCCCUCACCUAUAAGAGGAACCUGUUCCCUGCAGGGUUUGCAGGUGUCCCCUGCGCGGGAGUGAAGAGCAAACCCUCUACCGAGUUGAAGCAAACCAAGGAAAUCCAGUUUUGACACUCCAUCUGCUGAAAUGUCUGUUUUCCUAAGUGUUAUUUAUGAGCAUGCCCUCUAAUAUUCCACCCUGUGAUCACCAUUACCUAGUUAUGGGUGCUUUCCUUUCUUCCCCCCUUUUUUUUUUUUAGUUUUGACUUUGGGUGGGAAAAGAGAAGGGAGCGGGAAUACAUCCCAAUCCCAAACUUUUUUUUUUUUAAGCAAAACCAAAACUUCAUCAGUUCCUUUAAAUCUGCGGAAACCAGAGUAAGUUUUAAUGCAAGAAUAUGGAUUUAUUUCAGAAAUAAAGAGGGCAGCUAUACAGAAUUUGAUACGUAUAGGGCUAUUCCUUUUGAUUCUUCUAUAGAGAAUGAAAGAAGACACAAAUGUGGAUUUAACAGGCUGGAAGGACAUCAAAGGUUCCCCCACUGUAAUGUUCUCCUCCUCCCUCUAGUUUCUAUUUGGUGCCCUGUGAUGGACUGAGCCACUGUAAUUCAGUUCCCACCCUUGUUAAAUUGGCUAGAUGCUGGACCAGCCCACAUUAUGCAUGCUAAGGUAUGCAUACUAUAGCGUACCCAUGCUGCAUGAUCCUGUUUGAACAUUACAUUCACUCCUAGGCAGAAAUACAGGAUGUGUGUAACAGUGGAAUAUGCAAAAUGUAGAUUGGAAAUGAAGGCAGUAUUUUAAUAAAAUGUGCACUGGACUACA